ACGUCGGCCGUGGCUGGCGAAGUCGGAGGGGUCGAGGGGGACGUCUGCCCAUCGCGGUCCCCUCCGCCGAGCCUCAGUCGGGCGGAAGGUCCGCAGAAGCUUGUGGGAAGGUGGCUUUUUUCAUUAUGUGUGCGUCAGUCAAAUACAACACUCGGGGUCCAGCCCUCAUCCCAAGAAUGAAGACCAAACAUCGCAUCUACUACAUUGCUCUGUUUUCUGUUGUUCUACUGGGGUUAAUUGCCACUGGCAUGUUCCAGUUCUGGCCUCACUCCAUUGAGUCCUCAAAUGAAUGGACCCUAGAGAAGCGCAGCAUUCACGAUGUACCUAUAAUCAAGAUUCCUGCAGACAGUGGCAUUCCAGAACGGGGAGAUCUUAGCUGCAGGAUGCACACAUGUUUUGAUGUUUAUCGCUGUGGCUUCAAUCCGAAGAAUAAGAUCAAAGUCUAUAUUUAUUCCCUAAAGAAGUAUGUGGAUGAAUACAACAUGCCAGUCAGUCACACCAUUUCCAAGGAAUACAAUGAACUAUUAACUGCUAUUUCUGAUAGUGACUUUUACACAGAUGACAUCAAUCGUGCUUGUCUAUUUGUACCAUCCAUUGAUGUUCUCAACCAGAACACAUUGCGGAUCAAGGAAACAGCUCAGGCUUUGGCACAAUUAUCCCGUUGGGAUCGAGGCACCAAUCAUCUCUUGUUCAAUAUGCUGCCUGGAGGGCCACCUGACUAUAACACAGCAUUAGAUGUUCCAAGAGACAGAGCUCUGUUGGCAGGAGGUGGUUUUUCUACAUGGACCUAUCGGCAAGGAUAUGAUGUCAGUAUUCCAGUUUAUAGUCCCCUAUCUGCAGAAGUACAACUGCUAAAUAAAGGACAAGGCCUCCGCAGAUACUUUCUCCUCUCCUCCCAAAUUGCUCUUCAUCCUGAAUACCGUUCAGAACUGGAGGCUCUUCAAGCAGAGAAUACAGAAUCUGUGCUAAUCUUGGACAAGUGUAGUAACCUUUCGGAGGGAAUUCCAUUUAUUCGAAAACGUUGCUAUAAAAACCUGGUGUUUGAUUACCCUCAGGUCCUUCAGGAAGCCACAUUCUGUAUUGUUCUGCGGGGAGCACGUUUAGGACAAGCUGUUUUGAGUGAUGUUCUUCAGGCUGGUUGCAUCCCUGUUGUCAUAGCGGAUUCUUAUGUUCUUCCUUUCUCUGAAGUUUUGGACUGGAAGAGAGCUUCUGUGGUAAUACCCGAGGAGAAGAUGCUUGAGCUAUACAAUAUCCUACAGAGCAUACCCCAGCGGCAGAUUGAAGAGAUGCAGAGACAGGCAAGGUGGUUCUGGGAAGCUUACUUUCAAUCAAUGAAAGCUAUUGCUAUGGCAACUCUUAAGAUUAUCAAUGACCGGAUCUAUCCAUAUGCUGCGACAUCAUAUGAAGAAUGGAAUGAUCCCCCAGAAAUUAAAUGGAGCAGUGUAAGCAAUCCACUGUUUCUCCCAUUGAUCCCACCUCAGUCACAAGGCUUCACUGCUAUUGUCUUGACAUAUGAUCGUGUUGAAAGUCUCUUUCGAGUGAUCACUGAAGUUUCAAAGGUUCCAAGUCUUUCCAAAUUGUUAGUUGUUUGGAACAAUCAAAAUAAAGUUCCACCAGAAGAAACUGUUUGGCCUAAAGUUCGAGUUCCAUUAACAGUUGUAAGAACCACAGAAAAUAAACUGAGUAAUCGAUUCUUCCCCUAUGCUGAGAUUGAAACAGAGGCUGUGUUAGCCAUUGAUGAUGAUAUCAUCAUGUUGACCUCGGAUGAGCUACAGUUUGGCUAUGAGGUGUGGAGAGAGUUCCCUGACAGAUUAGUUGGCUAUCCUGGCCGCCUGCAUUUAUGGGACCAUGAAACAAGUAAAUGGAAGUAUGAAUCAGAGUGGACCAAUGAAGUCUCAAUGGUGCUAACAGGGGCAGCCUUUUAUCACAAGUAUUUUAAUUACUUAUACACAUAUAAAAUGCCUGGGGACAUCAAAAACUGGGUGGAUGCGCAUAUGAAUUGUGAAGACAUUGCCAUGAAUUUUCUAGUGGCCAACGUAACUGGGAAAGCAGUUAUUAAGGUGACACCCAGAAAGAAAUUCAAAUGUCCAGAAUGCACAGCCAUCGAUGGGUUAUCCUUAGAUCAAACACACAUGGUAGAAAGGUCCGAAUGUAUUAACAAGUUUGCCUCUGUCUUUGGGACCAUGCCUCUGAAAGUGGUAGAGCACCGGGCGGAUCCAGUCUUAUACAAAGAUGACUUUCCUGAAAAGCUGAAGAGCUUUCCUAACAUUGGAAGCUUGUGAAGAGCAACCAUGAGUGAAGUUGGAAAUUGGAAUCCAGCACCCCAGACAGCAGCUGAUGCGAGGAAAAACCUUCAGGACUGAAAGAAUCAUGCCAAGGAGUAUUAUAGAGAGAGGUCACCAAAAAUUAAUGCUUCCUGAAAAGCUUUUCAACAGAGAGUAAAAUUCAGUGCAAAAAGAAGCAGUGGAGGCUGCAUUGGUCUACUGAAAUGUUUGUUGGCUUUAUAAAGAUUGCAUACAUAGGAAUAUACACAAUGCAAAGUUUUUGAUCACAGAUCAAAAAAUACUUCUUCUCUAAGGGCUGCUAUACCAUAUCUCUUGUUGGUCCAUUUUCAGACUGCUUUCCAGAUUUGCUGCCCAGGUGCCCUCUUUGGCUGGUCUGCAAGGCCUGCUUUAGCAUCUUUUCAAAUACAUUAUAAGCAUUAAUUCUGCCAUAGAAUUGGCAGCUUUUUUUUUUUGACUCAGUUAACCAACCAAAAAAAGGAAAAUGUGUAUUGAUGUUGGGUUCAUUUUUAACGUUACAAGAUAAUUGAAGUUGAAUAAAGCAGCAGUUCUUAUUUUUCUUUUUAUUAAGGUAUCUAGUUGUUAGUAAAAGGAACACAUUUCAUGCUUUCUAUUAUUUCUGCUGAACAGAAGAUUGAAUAGAAUACCUUCAGAUUAGACUGCAUUUUUAAGCAUAUAGAAUGACUAUUCCAUUCUUAGCCUAUUUUUAUAUUUCAGCCUGCUUUCCCUGCCAUAUUGGGAUGGUUUUCAGUUGACCAAUCAUUAAUUAAGAAUACACAAAAAAUGCCUUUUGUACUUUGGAGCUCUUGAUAAAAAAAAAUGCUGAGUUCAAUGCUAACAUUUAUUUUUUGAAGGGAGCUGUACAUGACAAUUUGAAUUGUAUAAUAGUGCAGUAGAUUAAUGAUUCAUAGAAAGCAAUUUAUCAUCUUCCGAAACAAUUUACAUCCUGGUGUGUAUAACUUCUUAUCACAAGAUAAUCCACAUCCAUCAUGUAAGCUUCAAUUGAUACUGAAGUAAACAUAAAGAACAUGCACUGGAACAGUGAUGGCGAACAUUUUUGGCACCAAAUGCCCAAACUGGAAUGUUUGUACAUACCCACACACUGGAGAACUGAAACCCGAAGAUCGGCUGGCUGGCUCGUGCAUGCCUGUUUUGGGGGCGUUUUCUGGGCCAUUUUCAGGCCAAAAAAUGCCCUGAAAAAUGCCCCCCAAAUGCCCCCCAAAAUGGCCUGAAAACACCCCCAAAAUGAUCUGGUUUGUGGGCAUUUUUCGGGCCAUUUCAGGCUCUGGUUCCAGCAACCAGAAGAGCAGCUGGCAAUGGUGUGCAUGUCCAUAGAGAACCAUAGGUUCGCUAUCACGGCACUAGGGAAUGAGACAGAAGGACACCUUUGCAUUUCAAGUCUGUGUCACAAAUAAAAGCAACUUUACUGUCAAUUUGAAAUCAUAAGAGCCUUGCAUGAAGAAAUGUUAAAUCUUUCUUCCUGGGGCCGCAAAUUGUUUAACUGAAAAACUAUUAACAGAGAAGAUUAAUAAUAAUUAUUUCUCCAUUUAAUAAAAAUAUUCACUAACCUAGGUUAGCUGACCUAUAUCUGCAGUAGGAAUCAGUUCUCUUUGCAUCAGUACUGUGAUAUUUCAGUUAGGUGCAACGUGGAAUGUUAACAUAUUUCUGAAGCGCCUAUUUGAAUUUUUAGUAACUAAUCAAUCUGUAAUUUCUAUUGCUUAGAUGAAGAUUCUGCUGACAAUAGGAAAUUUCUUCACCCUGUCACUUAUGUCUGAAAGAGGAAAAAAUAUAUAGAUUUUUAAAUAUAAAUUAUAGAAAAAUCAUAAAAUGCAAGAAGUACUGCAUUACCAGGAUCUAGAGCAUCCAGGUAAAAUAUUCUUACUGCCAUGAUAAUACAGAUAGAACACAAAAUUUGGGGGUGGCAGCCAAAGUGUUUCCAAUUCAACUGCUCAGGGAGAAUAUAAAGCAAAUUGUCUCAACGGUUAAAACCCUUAAAACGGUUAAAGACCUAAAUUACAGUACCUUCAUUAUUUUAAAUUUGACAUCACAUAAACUGCGAUAUUGAUUGGAAUGUCAGGACUUUUCUUCUACAGUACAUGUUUGAGUGCUCUUCUGAGGUGGCCUAAUUUUGCCUCUCUUCUGAGUAGAAGUCCAUCAUCCAAUAUCCAAAAUCAUUAUGCAAAUUCUUCAAUUAAGUUGCUUCUUUGGGGCAGCCAAGGCAAAGUUCGUUUCUUUUGCUUGUCCUCAUUCUUCAGUAACUAAUUCAAUGAGUGAAGGAGGUUUUAGAAGAAAGGUUAUUAAUGAUAUUAAGGAUUAAGCUCAACUAUCUCGGCAUGUAUAAUUUAUAUUUUGGGUGACCUUGAUUGUUGUAAACCUCUUUACAUUUCCUUCCUAAGAAUGCAGGUAAAAGUUCCUUAAAUAUCUGUCCUGUUCUCCAGCUGUGAAAGUGCAGUCUGGAUGCCUCUUAUUCUAAAUAUGAUUCUAUUAAUUGCUUCCAGUGUUUGAAGCUGAAGCUCAGAUUGCACUUGACUCUUGUCCCCUGUUGUUUCUGUGGGCUCAAGGCUGCGCAGCUGAUUUUGUUUUACCUAUUCCUUGCCAAAACCUUUUUCUUCAAUGUGUUUUCUUCAGUGUUAGCAGGAACAAUUUUCCAUACAAUUAGUUGUGCAGAUUAUUUCUAAAGGAGGGCCAGGUUUGCCACAGAUUUUAUUCAGUUACAUCAUGGUUAAUUAUUGGGUUUGCAAUUUGCCAUGAUAUUAAUUUUUUUAUCCAACAUUUGGAUUACUGGUAGCAGGGAACAGAAUUACUGGCACAAUUUUCUACAACUUGGAAAUGUUCGGUAUGUGUGAUCAGUGUGCCUCCUCUUGUUGAUUGCUCUUUGUUUUCAGCAGGAUAAUCAUGCUAGUAUAGUAUUACCCCAAAUUUUCCUUCCACCUGACCUUUUUACCGUGGUGGUUUAUAUAUUCCUUUGAGGACGCUAAUUGGGCAUUCAAUUGUAUCUACAGUUUCUUUUUUCGGGAAUAUAAGUGGAA